AGUCAGAUGUAAUGCUCGGAUGUUAUUAAGACCACACUGUCGGAUCACAAGAUUGAGAAAGAUAGUAUCUUUACGAUGUUGUUCUCAAGUUUUGGCUUCCAAAGGUAGUCCAGGUUUCGGGCUUUCAGCAAGUUUUACUAAAGAAGAAUUGAAAAAUGCUUAUAUUAAGAGAGUAAAACAGUGUCACCCAGACUUGCACCCUGAUAAACAUGAAGAGUUCCUAAACCUAACCAACUGCUACCAAACCCUCCUGAAACAGGUUGAGAGGUCACGUGACGUUGGGUCACGUGACGGAUCAUGUACUCCACCUGAUGUGUACUUGUGGGAAGGUGACAACAGGAUUGAUGCCAAUUUGAACAGUGAUAUUUGGUUACAACAAGUUGUCAUCGCUCACAGAAAAACCCUGCGAUUAAGAGAAAUCCGCUUGAAAAACAGACGGAUUCUGAUAAUCAGUACAAUAUUCUUUAUUAUGAGCCAAAUUACUUACUUGCUAGAGUUCGACGUUUUGCCACACGAAGAGUAUGGUCCACAUGUUGUCCAAAGAGUGACGAAUAUUUUUCAGCCUUAUUAAUUUUUUAAAAACGGAAUUUUGAUUUGAACUUAUAUUUAGAAUUUGGUAGGUAAGGGUGCGACAGUUUUAUAAGUAA